UCUAGCAGACAGUCGCUGAUUGGCCGCGGGGUACCACGUGCACGUUCUGGCGCCAUAUUGAGACCAAGCCUCUGCCUGAGUCUGGCGGGGAGAUCAUUUGCUGGUGUAUUGUUGGGCACGCUGCAAUUCAUUUUUACGAUUUGAAUUAAAGCCACGAAGAGGCUUCCGUGGUCGGGCUCCACUGGGACGGAUUUGAUUGGCUGGUUCGACCUUACGCGGGAUUUCGUUUGUUUAGCCGACCGUGUGGAGUUUUUUUCUCUUUGUAGCGCGCGGUGGACGACCCCUGGAUCACGUGACUUGGGGAGCACACUGCCCCUCCCUCCAGCACCUCAAGUUCAUUGUAACCAGCCGACCGGUCACGUGACGGGCACCCCCGGUCACCUCACUGAACCCGAACACCGAGUCUUCUCCUUCCUCAGAGCCUCAUGGCGACCUCGACUCCCAGCAACCCCCGGCACUCCAGCCGCCGCAGCGGCAUGAGCACCCCGCUCAGCCCGACCCGCAUCUCCCGGCUACAGGAGAAAGAGGACCUGCGAGAGCUCAAUGACCGCCUGGCCGUCUACAUAGACAAGGUGCGGAGCCUGGAGAGCGAGAACAGCGUGCUACAACUACAAGUCACCGAGCGGGAGGAGGUCCGGAGCCGGGAGGUCUCCGGCAUCAAGGAUCUCUAUGAGACUGAACUGGCCGAUGCCCGCCGGACCCUGGACGACACGGCCCGGGAGAGAGCCAAGCUACAGAUAGAAGUAGGCAAGCUGAGGGGCGACUACGAGCAGAUCCAGAGCAGUUUCUCCAAGAAAGAAGCAGACUAUAAUGCCCUUCAAGCAAAGUUCCGUGAUCAUGAGGCCCUCCUUCACACUACUGAUGCUGCCCUUGUCUCGGCACAAAGUGACAAGAAGUCACUGGAGCUGGAAGUGGAAAGUCUUAGAGCAGAGAUUGAACAGUUUGAAUCUGCUCUGGCAAACUUAAAGGCACAACUAGGAGAAGAGACACUGCAGAAAGUGGAUUUUGAAAACCGUUGCCAAUCUCUGAUGGAGGAGCUUGAGUUCCGUAAAAACGUCUUUGACGAGGAAAUCAAGGAGACCCGAAAACGGCAGGAGACACGCUUGGUUGAAGUGGAUUCUGGUCGGGUUAUUGACUAUGAGCACAGACUUGCUCAAGCUCUUUCUGAAAUGCGAGCACAGCAUGAAGAACAAGUCAAAAUUUAUAAAGAGGAGCUUGAGAAUACCUAUCAAGCUAAGCUGGAGAAUGCUAGACAUUCUUCUGAGAUGAAUAGCUCUGCAGCCAACAGCACACGUGAGGAGCUCAUGGAGAGUCGUCUACGUAUUGAUAGUCUCACAAGCCAGCUGUCAGACUUGCAGAAAGAGUCUAGAGCAUGGUAUGAUCGUAUGCAAGAGCUAGAAGAGCUGCUGGCUAAAGAGAGGGAUUCUUGUCGUCGGAUGCUGGCGGAGAGAGAGCGAGAAAUGGCUGAAAUAAGAGAUCAAAUGCAGCGUCAGCUUUUGGAGUAUGAACAACUCCUAGAUGUGAAGUUGGCUUUGGAUAUGGAGAUCAGUGCCUAUAGGAAGCUGCUGGAGGGUGAAGAGGAAAGACUACAACUUUCUCCAAGUCCAUCCUCCCGUGUGACCGUUUCCCGUGCAUCUUCGAGCCGUGCUGUACGAACUACUAGAGGAAAGAGGAAGAGGGUUGACGUGGAAGAAUCUGAAGCCAGCAGCAGCGUCAGCAUUGCGCACACUGCCUCUGCAACUGGGAAUGUCUCCAUUGAAGAGCUGGAUGUGGAUGGAAAAUUUAUCAAACUGAAAAAUAAUGCAGAUGAAGAUCAACCAUUGGGAGGCUGGGAAAUUACUAGAAUAAUUAAAGACACUUCUGUAAAUUACAAGUUUACCUCAAGAUAUGUGCUUAAAGCAGGCCAGACUGUUACAAUUUGGGCUGCUAAUGCUGGUGUUCCUGCAAGUCCCCCAACUGACCUCAUCUGGAAGAACCAGAACUCUUGGGACACUGGUGAAGAUGUGAAGGUGGUGUUGAGAAAUUCUCAGGGAGAGGAAGCCGCUCAGCGAUCCACUGUCUUUACAACCACUGUACCUGAGGAAGAGGUAGAUGAAGAGGAUCCAGAAGAAGCACAUGAAAUGAUUUUUGUGGAGCAGACAAGGCAACGUCGGCAGGCUUCACAAAACCGAGGCUGUGCUGUAAUGUAAAACAAGUUUUGGUCUGAUUCCAGUCCACGGAUCUGAGCCUUUUUUUGGAGCAUCAUCUUCUGGCAGUGUACACAUUUUAAAAAGUAGAAAUUGCUCAAGCUAUUGGCCUUAUUUUUGUAUUUUAAACUCAUUGGGCACACAAUGUCCUAUUCAAAUUUUUGGCUAAAAUGUGAAGCGACUAGUUUGUACACUGUAAGGUCCUGAGUCGUUCAGGGAAAAUUGAUUUAACUGUGAAGGCCACACGUUUUCAUCUGACCAGUCCUAAGCAAUUCUUAAAAGGUGCUGUGCAUUUGGAGGCAAAUGUUUGUGCUUCCACUUUUUGUACUGAAUCUUUAUUUUCUAUUAUGAAACUGAGAUUUUAAACCAUUUUAUCCUUUUGGCUUUCUUGCAAGGCGUUAUUUGUAUCAUGCAAAAAUCAAGCUGUUUUUAUUAAAACAUUUUUUUAGUUUAGUGUGGUGGGUGGGUAAUGUUGUAGCUAUUUUUAAUUAUGAAACCAUUACUUACCUUUUUUUUUAAAUAAUAAAAAAAAAUUCUACUGUC